AUGCAAUCAACUCAAACCUUUGAGGGCCGAAAUGUAACGCGAACAUACACAGGGAAUAAAGCUCUUAGAAAACUCAAAGAAAAUAGGAAUAAUACUGCAAAAUUCAUUUCAAAAGGCUCUCCAUCUAAAGAUUUACUUUUUUAGUCCUAAAACAAAUUUAGAGUUGGCCCUCCUCCACAACCAUUACUGAGGGCACAGUAAUUUUCUGCGUUUGGACCCAGCAGAUCGACUAAAUCCAUUCUAGCAAGAAAUAACUUCUUAAAUGGAUAACCAUCACUCACAAAUGUCAAACCAUUUUUAGACUUCAAUUAAUUUAUGAGGGGAUUAUCCUCCAAUAACGUGAAACCCAAAUCGCCUGAACCACAAUAAGUGAAAACUAUUAAAUCCAAAUUUUGCAGAUGUAAGGAAGUGAAAGAUUUAAUCAGAAAGGAUGAAAAUGACAAUAUUAGUAUUAAUAACGACAUGAGUCCCAAACAACAGAUGCUUUUUAACACCUCUCUUAGCAAGCCAUCCUCUCCUACCAUGAAAGGGUACCUUAACUCCAAAAAAGACAUUUAUAAGCAAUGUAUGAUAUUUAUAGUGAUUAAAGUGAAAAAUGAUAUUGAUGUCAAAAAGGAAAUUUACUCUUAUGCUCUCAAAAAGAUGUUAAAAGAGGGCGACGAAGAAGAACUCAUGGAUUUUGAUCAUCGAUACUUAAGAAGUGUGAGAUAGAGGAAAUUAAGAAACAUUGUCCACUUUCUCUUAGGAAGAUCGAAAGAACAGUAAGUCUCGCUCCAAGAUUUGAUAGAUAACAAGAUGACCCAAUAUAAACCAUUUCAACAAUAGGGAUCAUAUUCGUUUCUAUAUUAUGUGAAGAAAGGAUUACUUGAAAAAGUAGAAACACUACUCCAAUAGAAUAAUCUUUACGCCUUUGACUUUGAUGAGAAGCAAAUGACCGGUCUUCACAUUGCCACCUAAAAGAAUAACUUGAACAUGAUCAAAUUACUUAUAACAUACAAUUCGAAUCCACUCUCCAAAGACCUAUCAGGAUUAACGCCGUUACAUUAUGCAAUCAAACAUCUUAAUAUAGUAAGUGUAUAACUUUUCUUAUCAAUCAAAGUUCCAACAGAUUGCCAAUACCCAGAUUAUUGUAAAUUAACAGAUGAUAGAUCAAUCUUGAAAUUAAUUCGAACUGCCAAAAUAAACGAUCUCAUUAGAAGAACGUCAAAACAUAAAUACUUACAACAAUACCUAUAAUCAAUUAUGUGA